AUGGCUCCUGUCGCUCAAAGCGACAUUGACAUGGACAGCCAUACUUCGGACAUGGCCAGCCACGACUCGCAGCUGCGCCGACAAUUCUCCGAGCCACUCCAUGCUCAUUCUACUACUCAUUCGCCUUCCCCUUCACCCACCACCCCCAGAGCUAAGUGCGCAUGGUGUGGGAAAUUCUUCGAGUCCUCAGAUGACGACCCAUAUUCUCAAAAUGAGGCUCUCGAAGAACACAUUGCUACGAUGCAUCCGCACAUUGCCAAGUUCUCUUUGUAUGAUGGUGUCGCCGACGAAGAGAAAGAAGAGGCAUAUGAUGUCGACGAACAACCUGGAGAUGAUACUAUACCUACAGCACCAGUAUCUGAAUCAGAUGAGGCUCCGGAGGCCGACGAAGAUGGUCUAAUGGAAGCCGCUGAUGAUAGUGUGCAUGAGGGUACCGAAGCCAUGGAAGGUUACGAUAACGAAAAUGAUCAGAACGACCUUGAUGGUCCUGAAGCCGAAGGUGACGGAGAAGGCCAUGAAGGCGAGUCAGACCUUGCUCUAUUUAAUCAACUCCACGAGUUUUCUCGCCAAGAGGACUCGGUGUCCUUGGACAAACGUAUUCAUAACCUCUGGAACCUCCAUGAAAUCAGCAAAUUUUCUGGAGGGUUUGACGAGACAUCGGCCAACAUCAGUGGAACCUGGAUGAAAGUCUUCGAUGACCCCAAACGUGUCAAGAAACGUGAUGCAUCUGAAUUACUGGUACGCCCUGAACCUUACAAAAACUCAAAGAGCUCUAGAGGAGACUUCCUUGAGAUUUCGCCUCUGGAAAAUUUCUUGGUCCAACUCCGUGACCCUGAACUGCGCUCAAGCGAUGAGCUUUACGCCAUAACCGAAAACAUUGCCAAUGUCCUGAAGGUAUGGCAAGACGAGUACUUGGCCAUCGAAAAGCUCUGCAGACAUGCAACUCGGCAAAAUGUAAAGGCAACCAGCGACCCACGGAAACUCGAAAGACCGGAGGUUUAUGAAGACAAGAAGGAGGCGAUGCUCUACGGCUACAAGCAUGAAACGAAAGAAGAUAAAGUUCGCAACCAGAACCCCUUCGUUCAAGGUGGAUUCAAGCCUACGCCAGCUCAGUUCCGAAAGAUGACUGCCAAAGCUGGCCCAAAUAAUCCUAAUCCUGACGGUUGGCCAACGAUUACGAAAUUCGGCGUUGAGCAUGUUCCCAAGUUUCAGAAUCCUCCACGAGAGGAGUUCGUCGGUAAGGCAACUCGCAAGCGCAAGGCCGCAGAGUUGGAAGCAGCCAACAAAGCCAACGAGACCGACGAGGCAUUAAACGGGACACCGGCGCCCAUAGAGGAAGAGUCAUUUGCGAAGCGGCGCACUCGCACCCGGCGUGCCGGGGAGCUGGAUACUCAACCCUCAGGGUCUCCGGCCCCCUCACGAGGCUCCGUUCGUGGCCGGGGCCGAGGCCGCGGGCGGGGAGCUGUGCGAGGGAUGUCUCGUGCGGGCUCUGAGGCUCCGCAGCCUGUGGCGCCAGUGGCGCCAGCUCGGUCCGUUGGUCGUGGCAACGGCCGCGAGGCUACAACGUCCGCUGGGCAGUUACAAUCACGUCCUGCGGCGGCUCAGUUGGCGCCAAUUGAACCGGCGCCCAGCGGGGAUUCAGCAACCGUUAUUCCCGUCAGUACUCAAGCAGGCGUUGCCCAUGAUGAAUUAAUCGACCCGGCUGAGAAGGCUCGCCGCGAAAAGAUCGCCAACUCCAAGAAUCCAAAGCGGACAGAGGCCAUGCUCAACCACUGGGCCCGAUUCAACCGGGAGGGCCGGACCCGUAACCCGAAACGAUCUAAAGCUCAGAUUGAGGCUGAUCGGGCGGCCGAAGCGGCCAGAAAGGCAGCCGAGCCUCCAAAGACUGUAGGCAAAAAGAAGAAACCAGACAGCCCAAUUUUUGGAGCGCCCACCAGAGCCGACACAGGUCUUGCUCCAGCACCAGCAAUGCCUGGGCCAGGCUCUCUGGCACCCGGCCCCCCCGGUCCACAUCCCCAACUGGCACCAAUGCCUCCAGCGCGGGGGUCAAUGGUACCGUAUGCACCCAUCGAUCCCCGGACUGUAGCGCCUUUCCCUCCGGCACCCCAUGGCCCUCACGGUCUCCAGCCGCCGCCGCCCCAACCCUAUCACACCCCAUACCCCGAGCUUUACUUCCCGUACGGAGCGGCGGCUGCGGGGCUGCCUCCCCCAGGCCACACACGGCCUGCAUGA